AUGGCGACCGGAUACUCGCCAGCAAGCACAGGGGUCGAUGGCACCUCAACGGCCUACAGCUACCCGUCCCAGUACAGCGACGGCCAGCACCAACAGCACCAGCAGCAGUACAACUCUGGUCUCAUGGCGACCUCCGACUAUCAACAGAGCGGCCUCAUGGCAACAACAGACUACCCCGAUGCCACGGCAGCCGCAAAGGCCGAAGCCAUCCAGGAUCAUCACCAGCAGCAUCAGUCUCACGCGGGCUAUCCUCAGGAUAGCCAUUCGCCUCCACCAGCCACGCUUACCAGUAGUGAAGGCCGCAUUUGUGGCCUCAGGAAAACGACUUUUUGGUUGAUUGUGCUGUCUGCCGUUCUGGCCGCCGGACUUAUCGGUGCAGCGGUGGCGGCAGGCAUCCUGGCCUCGCAGAACAGCAACGGUAACGGGAGCGCAGGGUCUGGGGCGGCCACGACUGCAUCAGGACCAGCAACGGCCACAACUGCCGCGGUCUCGGCUUCGGCCUCAGAAUCGGCCGCAACAACGAGGAGCGCAACCUCGACGGCGUCUGCGACCGAUUUCACGGCCAUUCCGAUCCCUACGCAAGCAUCAUCUGGUCUUGGCGUUACGGAUCCCGGCUGCCCUGGUGUCAACGGCACCGAGUACACGGUCCCCGGCACAGAUCUCGUCUUCGAGCGCCUCUGCGGCGUCAACUUUGCUGGCAACGAUAUUGGCCAUAUACCGAUGACACGUAUGGAGGAUUGCCUGAUGCUGUGCGCCUCGCAGUACAUCAGCCCCCAAGGUGCGGCUGGCAGCUGCCUCGGCGUCGUAUGGGGGUACGGCGGCCGCCAGGGCACCAAUGCUGCGUACUGCUGGUUGAAGUUCAGCAAGACGAUUCGGGAGGAUGUGGCAGACACGGAGACAGCGUGGCUCAUCCCGAAGUAG